GUUUGGCGUAGGAUUGAGAUCCACUUCAAAUUAAUUGGAAACAGGAUUAGCUUGUCUUGGAAUUCCAUCAAGCAACUAACUAACGAUUCAAAGUAUUUUGAUUUAAGUCUUGAGUAUUUAAAAAAUCAAUUUUUACGAAAAAGGGUUUAAUCCCAACUUGCAAGCAGCCAUUUUGCACUUGGACUUUUGCUACCUGAAAACUUGUAAAAAUAUUCAAGUGUCCAUCUAAAGGGGUUCAUUCUUUUUUUUUAUUUAAUAAAAGAACACAGAAGCAAGACAGAACUCAGCAAUCGCAUAAUGAUUUUGGGGGCUCUUUCUUUUAUUUUUGGAGGGUGUUGUUUUACAGCUUACACCUUAGAAGCGAUUGUGAGAGAAUAUCCUAAAAGUGGAUUACUGAUUACAUUUUCUCAGUUUGUGUUCAUAACAAUAGAGGGUCUGCUAUACUUUUUAAUACAUAACCCUUCUGUAUUGAAAAAUCCUAAUGUACCUAGAAAACGGUGGUUGUCCAUCGUUUUAUUAUUCUUUAGUAUCAAUGUUUUAAACAAUAUUGCCUUGGGAUUUGACGUUUCUGUCCCCGUACAUAUAAUUCUUCGAAGCAGUGGGCCCCUCACCACCAUGGCGGUAGGCUGGAUGUUGGCAAAUAAAAGCUAUACAAUUGCCCAAAUGAUAAGCGUUGUUAUUUUAACCCUCGGAGUCGUAAUCGCAGUUCUUGGGAAUGCACAGGAUAUUCAUGUGCAUAUGAGUUCAACAACUAAUUUUGCAAUUGGCUUUUCUAUAUUAAUGGUCACUCAGCUUCUUGGAGCAUUUAUGGGGCUACUUCUAGAAGAUACAUACAAAAAAUACAAGACUAGCUGGAGAGAAAGUUUAUUCUACACUCACGCUUUUUCCAUUCCUUUUUUUCUACCGUUAUUGAGUUCAAUUCGAAAACAGUGGAUGCUUUUAUUUACAGAUUCCGAAAAUUCUAAUCUUGAACUUUUUGGUAUGCCUCCAGCGUUUUGGUAUCUUUGCCUUAAUACAUUGGCACAGUACGUGUGCGUACGAGGCGUAAAUUCUCUUGGUUCCCAAAGCUCUGCAUUAACCGUCACGAUCAUUCUAAACGUUCGAAAGUUUGUAAGUCUAUGUUUAAGCAUACUGCUAUUCGGUAAUCGAUUAAGCGGUGCUGUUGUGCUUGGUGCUUGUUUAGUAUUUGGCUCUAGUGCGACAUAUGUCUAUAGCCGGCCUGCUGUUAAAUCAAGAGAUGAUCAAAAAGAUGAAAAAAAGGAUAUUUGAUUCAACCGGUAAGGAAAAUAUCAUUUUUUUAUUGAUGAUAUCACGAGAUGCUUAAUGAAUUACAUUUCUGUAAGUUCGAAAGUCAUUUCUUCAUUGUGCAAAAACAAACCAUUAAUAAAACAUUGCCUAUUUUAUUCAAGAUCAUAACCGUGGAAGCAAACCAACAUACCAAAAACCGAAUUUUUGAGCAGAAGAAGGAAAACAUUGAGUUGUAAGCUCUAAUAAAUCUUUAAUCUCCUUAAAAACAGAUGGAAGUAGUUUUAUGUCUAACCAAUCUUGAGCAUCAAAGUCCCCAGGGGCAUCAUAGGCAUAGAAUGUUUUGAUCGUAAUGAUAGGCGAUUGUUGAAAAGAAGCAGUUAAUUUUGGGCUGUUAAACAAAGUGACAGGAAGAUAUGGAGUGAAGCACCAAACAUAAAGAGUAUUACUUUGAUCGGUGAGACAGAAUUUAUGGAUUGCGUUUAAUUCGCGGAGUGUCAAUAAUUCAGAAGUGACGACAUAAGAAGGAUGAAUGCGGCUGCCAUUGAUUAAAAUACAAGACUUAUCCAGACGGACACUUUCAGAAACAUCAUGUUCAUCUUGGAUUCCAAGGGCUGUUUGGCAGGAUGAACAUUUAUACAAAGGCGAAUCACUUUGAUAAGACUGGGAAUUUACCUAAGAAGAGGAGAUGGUUAGUAACGCAUAAAAAAGAAAAAAAAAAAAGAGAGAAGAAUUCUAAAUGAUUAAGGAAUGUACUCUUUCAGUUACCGCGACCUAACAGAGCUUAAAUAGGUGCGACCUGUGAAGAAGGAGCGUAAGAAGGGAUUAUCAUAGCAACCCUCUAACAGGGGUACGAAAUAAUAAUCCCAACUUUCUUUUGUUUAUUAUAGGACCUAUGUAUCUCCUUGGGAUUUGUGAAUAUUUAGAAAAGCAAAUCAAGGGUUUCUUUUAGGUCCGUAAUACCAUUGAAGAAGAAAUAAAGCUAAUAAAACAAUAAAACGAGAAUUGAACUUACCAAUGAAUUUGGAUGGAAAAGAAGAAAAGAAGUGCCAGAAUAGGACAUGUGCUCAGUAGGAGAAAAGGCAGGCAUGCCACCGUUCUUGGCCAAAACAGCAGGGAAAUCAACAUGACAGGCCCAGCAAUCCAUCAGUUCUUGCCAAUUGGCAGAGGGUAAGUCUCGACAGGAAGAAAAGGUUGCGAGCUGAGCGGUGCAGUAGCUACACUGGACGACAUGUUCGCGUUUUGAAUCGAAAUCCAAGGCUUUCCAGGGAACGACGAUAUCAAAAUUUUGAAUACGAGGAGAGCAAGCAAUUACUACUUGUAGGGUAUCAGCACGUUUGAUGGCAACCACAGGCUCGUCCUUUCUCAGGGACAGAGGUAGCGAACACGGAACAUCACCAACCCGUUUUGGAUGCGGCGUAGUGUUUGGAUCCAAAUAAACGUUAACUCGACCUACAUGUGUCAAAUAUUCUGACAGCAUCACAUCGCCUUGCUUGUAGCUGGACAGUAAAAAAGGCAGCAAGAUUUUUGUUUAAGGAACAUGUCACCUAGGAAAAUGAAGAAUGGAAGUAUAGACAAUUUGAUGCCUUUUUUUUUUUUCGGAAUUGUAUCGCUAUCAUUUAGAAUUCUUCAUUUUAUUAUUUCAUCAAAGUAGUUGACUACGCCGGCCAAGUCUAAAAACGCCGAUUUUGUUCGAAGGAGUAAAAGGUGGAGGUAUCGAUUACCUAUACCAUUUAUAGUGCUGUGUUUUUUAUUAAAAAAAAAAAAGAUAGGAAAAUCAAUAAAUAGAAAUCUCCCUUUUUGUGGAAAUUAAUAAAUCACCUUUUCCUAUGUCCUCACAUCAACCGCACUUUACAUCUAUCUUCAAG